GACGUGGAACUGUGGAAGCUAAAUUUUUUUCAAAACCGUGCAAAUGAAGUAGGCAUGUGUUACCAACAGAAAGCUUAUUCUUAAAUCUGUGUCUAUCUUCUAUGGAGGACGGUACACUGACUAUUCCAGGAUGCUGAUGAUCUUUUGAAAUGGAAAUUCGAGGUAGAAACACUGAAGAGAAAAUGGGACUCCAGUCUCCGGGUAGAGCUGCCCUCAAAUAACUUGAUCUUGGCAAUGCUGACUACUCAGACUAACGUUAGUGGCGGUAGUGCACAAGCAGAAAACAACUUGACCGGCCGAAAAACAAGCUGUAUGUACACGCCUAUGGCCCUGUGAUAAAAAUGGAAACGCACACCUGUAUGAGGAGUCAUAAUCCAGUGACCUACAUGUACCGGUAGUUUGUUUUGCCAUCACCAGCCCCCAUGGCCCUCUCCAGCAUUACCAAGCGACUGUCAGGGGUGCUUGCCACUCCCCGGAGUCGCAAGCUCUUCUUUCUCACCAUCUUCUUGCUGGUCAUGCUCGGAUAUGUUGGGCCUUGGGUCAUGCACCAUAACCAGACCGUCAAGUCCACCAAGGGCUGCUUGACACUGAAGCUCAAGGAAUUAGAGAGCGACCUGACCCAGGUGGACGCAGCUGUCUUCCAUGCUGACAGUGGGGAAGUCCAUGUGGACCAGGUGGUACCAUUUGUUGGCAAUGGCAACAUUGGGAUUGUGGUCAAUACGUUUAAGUCCAGUGGAUUUCUCCUGAAAAAUGAGGAGCAGUGGUUAAGUGUGGGCAUGUACCAUCCACUAGUGACUACCAGGCUCUCAACCAUGAAAUACCAGAGUGCAACGGUCCUGCACUUCCGCCAAGCGCAGGUCAAGCAAUAUCAGUGUUACUCAGUUGGGCAGUCCUGUGUGUUCAUAAAGACCAACACCUUAGUACACCGAUUCAGACCCGAGUUGAUGCUGCAGGAGAUUGUCGUGGAGAACAAUGCAGAUCAACCGGUGUUGCUAGAACUCUCCCGGACUGGCCCGGUAAAGUGGAAGGGAUCCACCACCACUGCAGAAAUGUUAACAGUGGAUGGAAAAUCCCGAGAAUACAUGUUGACAGCAGGGGACUUAAAUGUGCCCUCUGGAACCAGCAGAAUAGUGGUCACUCUGGUCAUUGCUGCGACGGCCCUACAGAAGAAAACCGAAGUGCCUGCAAAAUCAGUCCACAAAGUGGAAGUCCUGACUUUGGUGAAAUACUCAGCCCCCGUGGGUGCCAGCACACCACAGCUGACCGCCGGCCUCGUGGACUCAGUGGAGGAGCAGUUGUUCAAAAUUCUGAAGAUGGACUUCCAGGACCUGGUCCGGGAGCACAGGGAUGCUUGGUCUGAGCAGAUUUGGAACUCAGGUCUUGUCCAGGAGCCCCUGGCCAUACCUGUCCGGCCACGCGUACCCUCAGAGGUCCAGCAACAGCUGAGUCACAUCUCAGCUGUCCACGUCUUUAACAUCCUCACCACCACUGUGGUGUACUAUGUGAUGUCCUCCUCUCAGGCACCUCUGCUUAUGCCUUCUUCCUCCCUCCAGCGGAAGAAGGAGGUGAUUGGGGCCUUGCAGCAGCCAGGCUCUUGCUUCAAUGGCCAGCCAACCCUGUUCGACGAGUCCCUGUGGCGGCCAGUCCAAACCGACAAGGAGAUGAUGGAGCUGUUCUCCCACUGGCAGCAUGUCCUGUACAAGCACGGCUGCCAUACCCUGCUGUCGGCGGGCGUGACUGGGAUCAUGCAGGCCAUGAUGCUGAGCUUCCUGGCUGGCCAGUUCACAGAGCGCGAGCUGUCCUUCCACGCUGACCCCCUGCUCUUUCGGAGCAAGUCCCACCUGCACAACAUCUUUUACAACACCACCUUCCUGCACAUCGACAUCAACCCCAGCCCGGGCCACGAGAUCCUCAUCAGCAUCACCAGCGUCCAGGCCAGUGGGAAUAAACCCACCAAACUGUACGCCUGCGGGGCGGGAUGUGAAGGCACACCUAUUCUCUUGACCUCCUCUAUGCAAAAGCUCCCCCUCAAGUGGACUGUUCCACAGACCCCUUUCUUGUAUAUUUCCCACGAUCCCAAGCACCUAGAUUACCUGAAGACCAAGAUCAUCCACUUCAAGCACCUCUAUGACCUAGAUGACAGGGAUGUGCAGCCCCUGGUCCCUGUCAUUAACAGCACAGACGCACACCAGGGUUUCCAAAUGCCAGUCUUUGCCUGGGUCAUUAUCAUUGGUCUCAUAGUUAUUUUCCACAUGUUCCUCAUCAACUUGGUGUAUAAGGAAUACUGCUCAGGGACCUCCUCAAGCUUAUCAAGGCCAUCUGAGAAAACCAGCAAAGCAUGACACAGGUUUGAGAUGUACAAAAACCAGAAGUUUGGAAUAUUUUUGGAAAAAAAGUACAUUCUGAAAUGUAUUUCACCCCCACAAGUAAAUACUGUAUUUGGGGUAUUUUUGCAUGAUCCACUUUUUUGGUGAUUGACAUUCAUUUGGUUUUUGAUCAUGUGCAGUUACAUGUAUUUAAUAUUUUGUUAUUUAUGAUUAUUAUGAUGGCAGUUGUAGCAUUUACUGGUGUUUUACUUGGUUUUUUAAAUGAAAGUUAGAAUCUUUUUUCUUGCUUGAAAAAUGAUCACCUUUUUCUUGCAGUGGAGCAAGCUUGUGAGCUAAUUCAUACUGUACUGGUACAUGUAUAUGUUAUUCUUUGCACUCAGCACUGCUAAGCAGCUGCAUAACAAACACAGGGAUACAUGUACUGGCCUGAAUCGUGCAUGUCGCACGCAUGUAAAAUUGAUGGUGUUGGCUAACACUGCAAGAGUACCCUCUCAUGGUCACAGAAGGGAGAUUGUUUCAAGAAUCUGCCCAUGCGCAGCACUGCACAAAGACAUUACAUGUACACUGUACAUGUAUGUCCCCCUGAAAAGUGCAUACAGUCAUGACAGUUGACCCAUGCCAUUCUGGCACGAAUAGGCCCGCGCACACAGUGUGUCUCUACAAUGGGAACCACAUCACUGGCUACAAGCCAUCUCUCAUUCAGGAUGACACAUGCACCAUGCUAAAAACAAUUCAAACCUCUUCAAACACCAACGUGUACCAGUACAAUUUAUGUUUAUACAUGUACAUGUAGUUACUAUGCCCUAUCCAUAGUUGUGUCUAAAGUUUGCACUGUGUGUAUCCAAUUUCAUGGAAUGACCGACUUACCAUGGAACAAUGCACUGUCAGCAUCUCCGUAUUGAGAUAUUUGUGGGCCUGAAGAUCCCCAUCAAUUUCUGUUGGACAGUGUUCAGUUUCGUCAGCGAACAGACCACCAUCCUACAGUUUAUAUACCAUUGAUAGUGAUGAAUUCCCAAGGCUGCUGGUAAAGUUUGGACAGCGGUAGGGCUUAGUUUUAAAGUAAUGUACAUGUAGCUGGCUUAACACAUUGAGCACGACAUCUGUAAUACAACAGAAAUAAUGUAGAAGGAUGUGAACACAAGACACAUGCCUGCAAACCCAGAGUACAAACAGCCAGCCGCCGAAGUUAGUUAUUUUAAUGAGAUGCAGUGUACCCCGGCACCCUGUACUGAUUGAUUUUAAGGUUUGACGCUUUCUUGGAACGUGUUGAAACAUCUAUCCAGAAGAUUAGUGUGAAGCACUUGAAAGGUUGCAUCCAACUGUUGUUUUGUGACUAAACCGUAUUUGAGAUAAAAGCUUAGAAAUAAUGAUUUAUCGAGUUGGCAUAAGCAGGAUAAUGUGAUGCACUGUUUGCUUGUGAAUCAUUGAGCCUGUGUUAAUAUUUACAUGGUGUGCGCAUGGUUUUUGUGGCAGCAUAGUUGAAUGAUGAAAAAUGUGUAACUUUUUGCGAUGUUUAUUAUGAGCUACCUUUUGGUGAAGUUGGAUUUGGAUUUUCCCAGAUUUUCUUGAAUUGUCAAGUAUGUAUCGUAAUUUACAACAAAACAAAAAACAAAAAGCAGAAUAAAACAAAAAAGAAAGAUAAUUUCACAACUGUUAAGUGCAUGUGUGGGUGAAUGAGAAAGCAUCUUGUUUUAUACAGGUAUAAACAAUGUCCUAUGUGGCUGACAAACCGUUAGUGCACUUGUUCAUGCAAGUGUUGAAUAUUUUCUCACGAGUGAGCCCGAGACUCAGUUUCAUGAAAUUUGAAUGGGACACACCUACUUGUAGAUUAUCGGGCAGAUUGGCAGAGCAGUGUACAUUCUAUAAUACAUUGUACAUGUAUGCAGUUUACAAACUUUGUAUGUACUUUCUGGAAAUUCUCUUUGCCCUUAGUAGCUCUGCAGAAUUUGCCAGUGGUGAUGUUGGUGAAUUCUGGGCAGAUUUUUGGGGAGAAGGGGGAAUGGAUAAAAUGGAAGGUGAUUUUUAGGACUUUACUUUUCCAAAUCUGCUAUGUUGUCGGGAUAAGGUUGGAUUACAGUGUAUGUUGGCAAGAAUUUGCAGUAAAAAUAAUUACUCCUUUGAGGAUGAUUUGAUGGGUACAGAAUUUCUUUGUUGGUAAUAAUUUUCUAAAUUCAUUUGAGAUUCACUAUUCUGAUAUCAGAUUGUGUUGUAGCCUUUAUGCGAGCAUGUGUUGACACCAUCUCUGUUUGGUGAAUAAACUGCAAAUUUGAACAUUUUAAAAGAA